AUGGCAGAUCUUGUUCCCGCCAGUUUCUUGACACAAGCCAACGCGCUGUCUAGGAAAAACUUAGCCUAUCAGAGACGAAACCUAUGGAGCAACGUGCGUCUUAUCGUGAUCCCCUUGUACCUCUGCGUGCUUCUAGUGAGUAUUCAAGCUUUGUUCGAUGCACAGGUUACUAACUCUCCUGAUAAUCGAUGCGGUUGUCAAUGCACUGAUGACCAAAGCGGAGAUGGUAAAUGCGAUAAAAAGAGUUGCGGAGUAGCAUAUUCAUCUCAGAAACAAGCAAUGUUUUGCGCCUUCCCAAACCCUCCACCGCUGCCUCCUUUGUUACAGAUUCCACGUCCCAAAACUCCUUCAGCCUCGUGCACAAGACUAACCGGAUCUUGUCCUGUAACUGUAUUUGUUACUGGGAAUAACCUUUCCCUUGGACCAGCUUUAUCUAGGAGUCUUCUCACUACUUCUUUCAUGGUGAACUCCUCUGUAUCCUGGUUGCGUAAUCCAGCCAUUACUGUCUUGGGCACAACAUCAGAGCCGGACUUGACCAACUAUUUUGAUCCAGGGAUUCACUCUAAUCUUCCCAUAUUCAACAUCCAACCUCAAUGCACUCCAAGAACCACAUUUUCAUUCUCUACCGGACAAUCUCCUCAAAAGUUUAAGAAAGUAGAGGUGAGAUGCGUUCAAGGGUUGAGUCUCUGGCGUAAUAACUCCAUAGACGUCAGUCAUGAGAUCUUAAAGGGAUAUCAUGAGGAUGUUAUCAAUGAUGUUGCUGCAGCAUACGAUCUCUUGGAUACGGAUACAAACAAAUUCAAUGUGACCAUCUGGUAUAACUCUACAUCCAAGACAAAGUUACUCGAGAGGCGUGUAAAGCUUGUCCGAGUUCCUCGCUCAGUCAACUUAAUUUCAAAUGCUUAUCUUCAGUAUGUGAACGGGCCAGGGACAAAGAUACUAUUUGAGUUUAUCAAAGAAAUGCCUAAAGUAGAAACUUUGCUUCGUGUGGACGUUGCAUCUUCCAUUGGUCCCGUUUUCUUCACAUGGGUUAUUCUUCUGCUGUUCCCUGUGAUCUUGAACACAUUGGUCUAUGAGAAGCAGCAGCGUCUAAGAAUCAUAAUGAAAAUGCAUGGGCUAGGAGAUGGUCCGUAUUGGAUGAUUUCCUACGCAUAUUUUCUCACCAUAUCCACGCUAUAUAUCAUAUGCUUGAUGAUGUUUGGGUCACUAAUAGGAUUGAAGUUCUUCAAGCUUAAUGACUACAGCAUCCAGUUUAUUUUCUAUUUCAUCUACAUAAAUCUGCAAAUCUCCAUUGCUUUCCUAGUAUCCUCAGCAUUUUCAAAAGUUAAGACAUCAUCAGUUGCUGCUUACAUAUACGUCUUUGGAUCUGGGCUAUUGGGCGUGUUUCUCUUCCAGUUUCUUAUGGAAGAUUCAUCGUUUCCCAGACGCUGGAUUUUAGUAAUGGAGGUGUAUCCAGGGUUCUCUUUAUACCGUGGGUUGUAUGAGUUCUCCGAGUAUGCCCUUGACAAGAGGGAUAUGGGGAUGAAGUGGGAAGACUUCAGUGAUGGUGGAAUGGAUGAAGUUUUCUACAUCAUGAUCGUUGAGUGGCUUGUCUCACUCAUUGCAGCAUACUAUCUUGAUAAGAUGUCUUCAUCCGGAAAAGACCCAUUGUUCUUCUUGAAAAAUCCUUUCAAGUUUAUGCCAAGGCAUAGUCUGGGCUCUGAAGUUUCUGUAGAAAUGGAGAAGCUAGAUGUAGCCCAGGAGAGAGAAAAAGUUGAGCAGUUGAUGCUUGAGCCGACCACAAGAUAUGCUAUUGUAUGUGACAACCUGAAGAAAAUGUAUCAAGGGAGGGAUGGGAACCAGCCUAAAAUAGCAGUUCAUGGGUUAUCUCUCGCAGUACCUUCAGGCGAAUGCUUUGGCAUGUUAGGACCCAACGGUGCGGGCAAGACCUCCUUCAUAAAUAUGAUGACCGGGCUUGUGAAACCAACAUCUGGGGCAGCUUUUGUUAGAGGUUUAGACAUAUGCAAGGAUAUGGAUAGAGCAUACACCAGCAUGGGUGUAUGCCCACAACACGAUUUGCUUUGGGAGACUCUGACAGGAAGGGAACAUCUGCUCUUUUAUGGGAGACUUAAGAACCUCAAAGGCUCUGAUCUCAACCAAGCUGUAGAAGAGUCUCUUAAAAGUGUGAACCUAUUCCGCGGAGGAGUUGGAGAUAAACCUGCUGGAAAAUACAGCGGAGGUAUGAAAAGACGACUAAGUGUAGCCAUUUCACUUAUUGGGUGUCCUAAGGUGGUUUAUAUGGAUGAGCCAAGCACAGGGCUUGAUCCAGCUUCAAGAAUAAACCUAUGGACAGUCAUUAAACGCGCAAAAACAAACACUGCCAUAAUCCUCACUACUCACUCAAUGGAAGAAGCAGAGUUUCUUUGUGACCGCUUGGGAAUUUUUGUAGAUGGAAGGUUACAAUGUAUAGGAAACCCAAAAGAGCUAAAGGGAAGAUACGGUGGAUCUUAUGUGUUUACCAUGACAACAUCAUCAGACCAUGAGAAAGAUGUGGAGAUGUUAGUUAAAGAUGUUUCUCCAAACGCCAAAAAGAUAUAUCAUAUUGGAGGAACACAGAAAUUUGAGAUCCCAAAGGGGGAAGUUCGAAUCUCGGAAGUGUUUCAGGCGGUGGAGAAGGCAAAGAGCAGUUUCAAAGUGUUUGCUUGGGGACUUGCGGACACAACUCUUGAAGAUGUCUUCAUUAAGGUUGCUAGAACUGCUCAGGCCUUUAAUGUCUUCUCUUGA